AACCGACGGCCUCUAACACUUGACGUGUGAUCCCACGUGACAGGCCAGAAGUAAACAGUGUUGUUUUGAUUUGUCAAACCGUGUACCUGCGACGAAGCGGUCGGCGUUAGUUCCUUUUUCAGGCCAACAUCGACCUUCAACAACAUGUCCCGAUUAAAAACGUCGCAGGGGCUUCCAAAAUGUCGCCAGUGAUACAGACGACAACGGUACUUUUUAGUUGAACAGAAGAAGGUUAAGGAGAGCCAACAAAAGCUCCUGUCCUGCCAUGGCUGAGGCCCGCCAGCUGAGUCCGCUGGCGGGACGGGCCGACGUCGCGGGCCCCUCCAGCCGCCAAACCUAUGCAAGCUCUGCCCACUAUGGGACCGUGAUGAGCGGCCUCCACGACCUGAGACAGAGCGGCAUCCUGUUCGACGUGGUGCUCCUGGCGGAGGGUCGACCCAUCAAAGCCCAUCGCAUCCUUCUGGCCGCGGCCUGCGACUACUUUAGGGAGUUAUUUCAUCCUAGGGGGAUGUUUGCUGGGGGGCUGCGCGAGGCUCAGCAGACGGAGAUAGCCGUGCACGGUGUUACCUACACGGCCUUGUCGAAGCUGCUGGACUUCAUCUACACCUCGGAGAUCGAGCUAGACCUGGACAAUGUGCAGGAGGUGCUAAUCGCUGCCACUCUGGUCCAGAUCGGGGAGGUGAUCAGCUUCUGCUGCGACUUCCUCUUCUCCUGGUUGGACGAGAGCAACAUCCUGGAGGUCCACAAGCUGGCGGACAUGUUUGGCCUGCAGCAGCUGGAGACCAAGAUCCACGCGUACAUCCUGCAGAACAUCCAGACGCUGUCCCGCACCGCGGCGUACCGCCAGCUGCCCCCCGACAAGGUGCUGCAGGUCCUGAGCAGCGAGGAGCUGGAGGUGCUCAGCGAGAACGAGGUGUACGAGGCGGCGCUGCACUACCACUACAGCCCCGAGCAGGUGGAGACGGACCAGGUGUGCCUGCAGGACAACCUGAAGAUGCUGGAGGCGGUGCGCUUCUGCCUGAUGGAGCGGCCGGUGCUGCAGCGUCUGUACGGCCGCCUGGACGCCUGCCCGCUGAAGGAGUCGGUGGCGGCGGCGCUGCGCUACCACGAGCAGGAGGUGCUGCAGCCCGUGCUGCAGGGCCCGCGCACGCAGCCGCGCUCCAACGCCCGCUGCGUCCUGGGCUUCGGCGGCAUGUACGCCAACUCGGGCGCCACCUCGGACACCGAGGGGCUCUUCCAGGUGUUCCACCCCAGCUGGGGCGAGUGGCGGACGCUGGGCGCCGCGCAAGCCCCCCACAUGUCCAACCAGGGCGUGGCCGUGCUCAACAACUUUGUUUACCUGGUGGGCGGCGACAAGAACACCAGCGGCUUCCGCGCCGAGACCCGCUGCUGGAGGUACGACCCCCGACACAACAGCUGGUGCUGCAUCCAGCCCCUGCUGCAGCAGAGGGCCGACCACAGCGUGUGCGUCCUGGGGGAGCACAUCUACGCCAUCGGGGGCCGCGACUACCGCAACGAGCUGGACUCUGUGGAGCGCUACGACCCCCACACCAACACCUGGGAGUGCGUCGCCCCGCUCAAGAGAGAGGUGUACGCGCACGCGGGCGCGGUGCUGGACGGACGGAUCUACGUGACGUGCGGCCGGCGGGGGCUGGCCUACCUGCGGGAGACGUACUGCUUCGACCCGGCCACCGACCAAUGGGCGGCCUGCGCCGAGGGCCCGGUGGAGCGGGCGUGGCACGGCGUGGCGGCCCGCGGCGGCCGCCUCUACGUGAUCGGAGGGAGCAACGACGAGCACAGCUACCGCCGCGACGUCCUCAAGGUGGCGUGCUUCGACCCGCAGGCCGACUCCUGGUCCCUGGUGAGCCCGCUGCCGGCGGGCCACGGGGAGCCCGGGCUGGCCGUGCUGGACGCCCGCAUCUACGUGCUAGGGGGCCGCUCGCACAACAAGGGCAACCGCAUGAGGUACGUGCACGUGUACGACGCCGACCUGGACCAAUGGGAGGUCGGCACGCCGUUCGAGGGGCGCGUGUCGGGGCUGGCGGCCUGCGUGCUGCCCCUGCCCCGGGCCGUGAUGGCCCAGGCCCGCGGCUGGCAGCAGCACAUCAAGCGGGCGUCCUGGGCGGACGCGCCCAUGGAGCACUCCGAGUACUCCAGCGACGACUGAGCGCCCCCCGGUGGUCGGGCGAGGUUUUUGUUUUUUGUUUUUUGGUUGGAAGUGUGCGGAGGUGGAGCUAACUGAGCCUUGUUCGUCCUGAUGGUCGCCUCUUUUGGGGUCGGGGUGGACCCCUGGGGGGAGGGGGUGGGUAUGGGUGCCAGGGGUCCGGGGGUUUGGAGUGCCUUUGAACUGAUCGACGGGACCCUCGAUGCGGACACUCACUUUGGUUCUGAUUUUGGGGUCAAACUCGUAGAAGUGUUGGUUCUUCUUUCUUUCUUCUCUUCUUUGAAUCACCGCUCCAGGAUUUCUGCGUGCACGUCCAGCCGUCUCUGAAAGGCUGUGCAUACUGAGAGGUCGGGAAGAAUGACAAGUCGGACUUCUAUGCAAACAAUACAGUGUUCCUUUUGAUAUCAUGGACCGCUGGUUCCAGUCUUCCAGUGAAGACGAAGUCUUAUUUGUUUUUGUUACUUUUAACAUGUUUGGGUUUUAAAAUAGGUCAUCGCAAAGGCCUGGCAACUGCUUGUUAAUCUAAAGUAUUACGGUGUGUCUCACUCAGUACUAGUACUAGAUGGCCAAAGUAUGCCUUGUUUUCUCUGGUUGCAUUUAACCUGGCUUUGGAUUUUGCUCACGUUUUUCCUUUCCCGAUGAAGGUGUGCCUUUUUGUUACGGUUCAACUGAACAAUACUUGUGGGUUGAGGGUUGUACUUACGACCACUAGUCACAUGAUUCCUUCCACAAUGUCUCAGCCAUCCAUCGUUACGAUGAGAAAGCCACGCCUUGCAUUGAGUCUCAAUGUGGAGGCCAAUGAGGGUAAGUGGUGGUUGAGACCGGCAUAGAUCUGCAUAGUUGUUUAGGUCAAAUGGCAGCAGAAAUGGUGGAAAACUAAAUGCACAUAUUAAUGUUUGAAAUCUGAAAUCUGCACAAUUAUACAAAUCAUGCAUUCAUAACAUUCUUGUAUCACGUAUCUUUUGGGGUUUGAUUAAAAAUACAUAAUAUAUCG